AAGUAGCAAGUCUUUCGUGUUGAGUAGAAAUAGUGCGUUAAACCCGAAAAAGAAACAAAGAAUUCUACAGGAAUUCAAUUUCCAUACCAAAUAACUCAGUCCCGAGUCUUCGCCGUUUUCAAUUCUUCCUUUGCAUCUCGCUAAAAUCUAAUUGCAUUAUUAAGCGAUUACUCCACGCUCGUUGACUCGUACACGUUCAUCUACUUCAAUUACAAGGCAAAACUGUGAUCUUGUAAAGAAUGGCGGAGGAAGUAAGUCACCCGUCGAGGUAUGUCAAAUUGACGAAAGAUCAAGCGCCGAUGGAGGAUAUUAAACCCGGAGAGCUUAAUCAGCCCAUUGAUGUUCCUCAGUUGCAUGUUCGCAAGUGCAAUGAAUGCGGACAGCCUUUACCAGAAAGCUAUCAGGCUCCUGCAGAUGAACCUUGGACAACAGGGAUUUUUGAUUGUGCGGAGGAUGCAGAAAGUUGCAAGAUGGGACUAUUUUGCCCUUGUGUUCUGUUUGGCCGCAAUGUUGAACAAAUUAGAGAAGAUACUCCAUGGAAUGGACCAUGCAUUUGUCAUGCCAUUUUUGUAGAGGGUGGCCUUGCAUUCGCUGCCGCAACGGCAGCCCUACAUGGAAUCAUUGAUCCAAGGACAACAUUUCUCAUUUGUGAGGGUUUGUUUUUUGGUUGGUGGAUGUGUGGAAUAUACACUGGCCUCAUGCGGCAGUCAUUGCAGAAGAAAUAUCAUCUCAAGAACUCGCCCUGUGACCCUUGCUUGGUUCACUGCUGCAUGCACUGGUGUGCCUUGUGCCAGGAGCACAGGGAGAUGAAGGCACGCCUAUCCGAUGAUGCCAUCAUGCCAAUGACUGUAGUUAAUCCACCACCAGUUCAGGAGAUGAAUGCAGCUGGUGACAACCAGGGUUCAGCGUCAACCUCUGCAAAUGGUGGGGAGCAAGUUCAUGUUGAGAUGCAAGCUUUAUAGAACCUCAUUCUUACUUCCAGAUGCCCCUGAAGCCUGAAUAUUUUCAGUUUCCUUAUUUUCCAAUUUGAUUAUAGGAAACAGAUGACUUUAUACGACUUUUGAAGACCCUUUUGGCAGGACAUUGUAAAUUUUAGAUGUUUUACAUUUCUGUCAAAGUUGCAAGAGUAAUGUGAGCUUUAUACUAGCUGUUUGCAUGUA